CUGCUGCAGGUCCUCCCUCGCGCUCGUAACCCCCCAGGCGCGCACCCAGCUGCCAUCGCGGAGAUCCCAGUCGCCAGCAAUGGAGAGCGCGCUGCCUGUGUGCGGGCUACCCCCGCACGACCCGAGGACUCCGGCGCUGUCAGUGGUGGACAUGCACACGGGCGGCGAGCCCCUGCGCAUUGUGCUGACGGGGUGUCCGGAGGUGGUCGGCCCCACGCUGUUGGCCAAGCGGCGCUACAUGCGCCAGCACCUGGACCACGUGCGGCGACGGCUCAUGUUCGAGCCCCGGGGACACCGGGACAUGUACGGCGCGGUGCUGGUGCCGAGCGAGCUGCCAGACGCGCACCUGGGCGUCCUGUUCCUGCACAACGAGGGCUACAGCUCCAUGUGCGGCCACGCAGUGCUGGCUCUGGGCCGCUUUGCGCUCGAUUUUGGGCUCGUGCCUGCGCCCGAGGCGGAAGCCCGCGAGACCCGCGUCAAUAUCCACUGCCCCUGCGGGCUGGUGGCCGCCUUCGUGGAGUGCGAGGGCGGCCGCAGUCGCGGCCCGGUGCGCUUCCACAGCGUCCCGGCCUUCGCAUUGGCUACAGAUCUCCUGGUGGAUGUUCCUGGUCAUGGGAAGGUGGCAGUGGAUGUUGCUUAUGGUGGUGCAUUUUAUGCCUUUGUUAGCGCUGAAAAGUUAGGACUUGAUAUUUAUUCUGCAAAGACAAGGGACCUUGUGGAUGCAGCAAGUACAGUAACAGAAGCAGUAAAAGCUCAGGUUAAAAUUAAUCAUCCAGAUAGUGAAGAUCUUGCCUUCUUAUAUGGAACCAUAUUAACAGAUGGGAAAGAUUCAUUUAGUGAAGAACCAACCACCAAUAUCUGUGUGUUUGCAGAUGAACAGGUUGACAGAAGUCCUACCGGCUCAGGAGUGACAGCUCGAAUUGCCUUACAGUAUCACAAAGGCCUGCUAGAACUGAACCAGACCAGAGCCUUUAAAAGCAGUGCUACAGGCUCAGUAUUCACAGGGAAGGCUGUGAGAGAGGCAAAGUGUGGAGAUUUUAAAGCCGUUAUAGUAGAGGUAUCCGGACAAGCCCAUUACACAGGUACAGCAAAUUUCAUAGUAGAAGAAGAUGACCAGCUGAGGGAUGGUUUCCUUCUCAAGUGACUUCUGUGACUACUUAGAGUAUGUAUAUCUCUAUCUACAAGUAGACAUCGAUGGAUAUAGAUCUAGCCACAACACAUUAUUUUAGAAAUAGGUUGGCUGACAGAAAAAUUGGAUAUAACUUUUAAUUAAAGAAAAUUUACUUGUAAAUAAUAACUGCUACAAAACAGACAAAUCUAGAACUUUUAAUUCCAGGUCCAGUGUUUUCCUACUAUACUUCCUCUCCUUCUAAGACAUACAAAACUUAACACUAGGAUAUGGCAUUUCAGUGAAAAAAAAAUUUAUUUAUUGUCAUUAAACAGAUGCUGUUUAAAUCUUUCUGAAUUCUAGUUCAAAGCCAAACUCACUAGUAUUUCGACACUAACCUUCAGACUUUACACAUGCAUCAAAUAUUCUUUUCUUUUUGGGGAGGUGAGGCUGAAGGAAAGUCCAGGGGCAUUUCAUGUGAAGUCUUUCUUAAUCAAUUACCCAUGGAAGAAUAAGUCA